CAACGAUAUUUAUCAUAUUUUCGCUUUUGAUGCAUGGAUUUUGUCGUCUGUGGCGUCGGAUUUUGCGCAGACGUUUGGUGCGAAGUAUCGGCGGCUUUCACUGGCUCCUGCUUCUCUGCAAGGGGGGAAAAACCUGCAGUAAAACGCGGUGAACGCGCAGAUUACGCGCGCCUUAAUCCUCCAGCACCGCGGACAGCUCCGGAUCCGCGUCCCCGCGGGCAGAGCGCGCCCCCCUGGCUUCAUUCACCAGAUUUGUCCCCCCCACGUUCUUCUGUGUCUCCAGGCCUUUCCUCCAUCAGCAGAACGAGAUCUGACAACAUGAAGCAUUUCCUCAGAGCGGUGACCCAGUUCUUCGUCUUCCUCUACUGUAAGUUCCUGUGGCGAGGACUGAAGUUUGUCGUCAGGAAGUUCACGGGACGAUGUGAGCUGCAGAGAAUCUGCUACAACAACAAGCACGGAGCCCGCAGGACCCUCAAGAUAGAAUCGUCUCUGAGAUACUCUAAGAAUGGGCUGCUUCAGUCGGCCCUCAGCGUCCAUCCUGACAAAGUGGAGAAGACCAUUGACGACAUCAUGUCCUUGAAGAAGAUCAACCCGGACACAAACCCACAGCUGAGUAUUUCCCUGCAGGCCAGUCUGCUGCAGAUCGUCGGCUACAGGAAUCUGGUGAUGGAGGUGGAGAAGCUGCGCAGAGAACCAUACGACUGUGAAAACCCUGAGCACGAGGACAUGCUGAUGAAGCUGUGGAAGGAGCUGCGCGCCGACACGCCUCUCACCGGCCGCAUCUCCAAACAGUGGUGUGAGAUCGGUUUCCAAGGCAACGAUCCAAAGACUGAUUUCAGAGGCAUGGGCCUGCUGGGUCUGCACAACCUGCUGUAUUUUGCAGAACACGACAAAGCGACUGCUCUGCAGAUGCUCAAUGACUCGCUGCAGCCAAAGCACAAGAGCUCACACCCAAAGCAGAGUGAGAUUGACAAGGCUGAGUGGGAACAGAAGAACCUUGACAAAGCUAUCGGUUAUUCCUUUGCCAUCGUGGGCAUCAACAUCACAGACCUGACUCACGCUCUGCUGGUGAGUGGAGCUCUGAAGACUCACCUGUACAACGUGGCACCAGAGAUGCCCAGUCUGCUGCAGUUCCAGCAAACCUUCUGUUACCUGAUGCAGGAGUUCCACCGGUUCUGGAUCGAGGAGGAUCCCAGCGACAUCAUGGAGUUCAACCGGGUCCGCUCCAAGUUCCACAGGAGGAUCCUGCGGCAGCUGAAGAACCCAGACAUGGCUCUGUGUCCCCACUUCUCCGCCUCUGACCUCCACCUGGUUAACCUCUAAACACACACACACACACACACACACACACACACACACACAGUCCAGACCCCCACACUGAACCCCACAUGUCCCUACAGAACCCAGUUAUCCCCCAGGUGUCCGCCAGUCCCAAAACCCUUUACACUCAAACAGAGAUGGUUCCUGAAACAGCUGGACACAUCUGGGGGAGACGUCUCUCUUUCCUCUGCUCCGCCCACCUCGUCCCAGCUAACACGUCAUGUCGCGUCACUGCCAACAGCUCACACACACACGCACACACACACUGCCUCUACGCCUUCACUGCACCGUUAGACCACCAGCAUCAGAGAUGACCAUAGCGAUUGUAGCUCUGCAUGAGGAGGCCGCGCCACCGCACCACUGCGUCACCACAUCUCACACACACACACACACACACACACACACGCAUUAAUUUCCUGUUUCACGUUGCUUUAAUGGUUCAUGAUUGAUUGUAUCACAGCCGUUACACCUCAGUUUAGUCAUUUAUUUAACAAACCAAACUUGAGUUUUCCAAAUCCAAUCGCUCAUCAGCUCAGUAUUGUAUUCUGGCAGUUAAAGCUGGUCGUUAACCUCUAAUAACUGAUUUGUGUGUGAAUAUGGAGAAUCUUUAGGCAAGGGAUAUUUGGGCUAGUUUGACCAAUCUUAUUUGAGCAGGCUUGUUCGUAGCGUCCUUGUAUCGGUUAUCGUCCUGGUGAAGCUCCAAGAAAACGAUCACUUUAUUCAACUUGGUUAUCUAGAGGAAGUAAAAGUCGUUUCCAUCUGGUUCGCUCGACUGAGUCAGCGGCCGCAGAGACUUGUUCAUAAUUGUCAGCCAACAGUGUUGGGGAAAGUUAAUUUACAAAUAACUUAAUCUCUUUGUUGCAGUGACAGGUUCAUUUUACAUGAGCUCAACUUUCAUUUUACUGUGAUAUUCUUGUGCUUUUUUAAAGAAAAGGUACAACUUUCCGCUCUUGACGGCUGAACUGCAGAAAUCUGUGCAACCGACUUGGCUGAUUUUACUUUCCUGUUGCAAAAAUGUGCAGGAAUAAAUCGCAGCAAAAUAAAAGCAACAGAUUACUUAAAAAUAAGCAACUAAAUAACUUGAGUACUUUAACUGUUUACUUUUUACAUUACAAAAAUAAUCUAAAGUACCCGGUAAAAAGUUUCCCCAACACACUUGGCCAAAAACUUGACAGUUGUGAAAAAUAAAAUUGUAUUUGGGGAAAACAGCUCAGUUUGGAGCCCCAAAAUAUUGACCGUUGUCACCACAGGCUAUAAGAGGUUGAUAUGUGUCAAAAACAAGUUUUUAAUUCAAAGUGAAGAGCUAUAAAUAUACAUAUAUUAGUUUAGAAGAAGAUUUAGAUCACAUUGAGUUGCGCUGAUUCAAUCAAAAGCAAUCAAACAUCAGAGUCAGUUCAUCUCUUAACUUUGUAUAUGGCAGCGAGUAUUAUAGAUUGUAUUUUAGGUACUUAUUAUACCGACAUUUACACCUAAGAUUUCUACCUUUUGCCAAAUCGUGGAAUGUGGAGAGUUUAAAAUUAGAGCAGCAUUUUGUUUCUUGUAAACCUGUAAAAAAAGAGAAAAAAAAGAAAAGCUGUUCAUAAAUACUUUAAAUAAAUACUUAAACUUGUUUGGUUGCACUGUAGCAUUUGGCGGCAUUGUUUCCAACAUUGGACACUAAAAGAGUUUCUUCUCCUUUAAUAUUUUGACAUUAUUUCUUAUGCACAUGUUUACACGCGGUAGAAGUAUUUAAAAAAUACUAUAAUAUGAACCUUUUUUUUUUACGGGAUUACAACAGCGUUUGCCUUUUUUGAGCCCCAUGCACAUAAAGUAUGUUCUUUUACGAAUGUUUUUCACAUCCAUGAUUGUUUGCUUCUACUUUAAUUCAUUGAAUGUGACACUGUGUCCACUGUUGUAUCAGCCAAAGCAAUAAUUUACAUUCACGCCACUGCACAUUUCUGGAAUUGUGUUGAUGUAUGUGCACCACGCGUGCCUAAGUGCUCGCUAACUCAGAGCUGGGAUCUGUCAAACAAUGUGAAGGAGAUCAGGGCUGCAAAUAACAAUUAUUUCUGGUGAGUAGUUUCUUGAUUAUUGAUUUGUUGUUUGGUCAACAUCGAAUGUUAGAAAAUGUUGAAAAAUGGGGAUUAUCGUUUUUCAAAUUGAGAAAUGAUGACGUUCCCAAACGUCUUGUUUAGUUGUCAAACUAAAAUAAGUCUGUUUUAUGAUUUAUUUAUUUUUUCGAGCCAAGAGACCAGAUAGUAUUCAUAGGAAGCUGAUGAAUCAAUUAUCAAAAUAGUUUAAAAAAGGACCCCAAUUGAAGUAUGUAUAUUAAGGAUAAGGAGUGGGCCCAAGGUGGAGCCCUGAGUUACACCACAGUUAAGUGGAAUAGCCAAAGAAUACCAACCUAAAUGAGAACUUAGAUGCUGCUGUUUGAUAAAUAAAGCCUGAACCAUUGAAAGGCUGUACUUCUAAUGCUCAUUAUUUUCAUAAUUGAUUAUUUUUUUACGAUUAAUUACUCGAUUAAUUGAUUUGUUGAAAUGGUGAUUAUGGUUUCCCAGACCUAAAAGAUUAUGAUGUUCUCAAACGUCUUGGUUAGUCCUCAAAUUAAAAUAACUUUAAAGGAAAGCAUGUAUAAUUACAAAAGGAGUGGGCCCACAAUAAAGCCCUGAGGUACACCACAGUUAAGUGGAUUAGCCAAGUAAUAUCAACCUAAAUGAACAGAGAAGCUGCUGUUUGAUAAAUAAAGCCUGUACUGCUAAUUCUCAACACGACUCAAGACGAGUUAUGUGUUUUAAUGUCUUUAUCGGCAAAAAAAAGCCAGAUGUUAGCGAGAGUUAGUGGAAAAAUGGGCUUUAGAUUUGUCUUGCAACAGCAAAGCUACAGUGGUAGACAGCUCUUCUCAUUCAAAUCAGAGUCAUAUUACCUGGUUCCAAAGAUGACAAACAUCUGUUUGAUUGUUUCUCAGCUCUGAGCCACUUUUGAUUUUCACCCAAUCACAAAUGAACAAAAAAGGAACCCAUGUUCGUCUUUCACAAACACGUGACCACUCCUCUGUGACGCCCACAGGCGUUUGUCUUGUGUUUUCUCACAGCGCCGACAAAUGCUCCCAUCACAAACUGAAACUGUACACUUUAUUUAUUUCAGAUAUUACUGCCAUGCUUGCACUGCUGAUUGUGUUUAAGAGUAUUAAAUAUCUUUGUCUCACAGAGGUGAAUGUCAGUGCUUUUUUUAGUCUUUAGUAUUAUGCAGCUGUUUACAUCAGUGACUGUCAGUACUCGAUUCAUAUUUUGAUUACAUCUUUUGCUUUGCUAUGGUCAGCUUUGCAUUAUUUAAAAACAAAGAAAGAAAGAUGCAGUUUCUUUUAGUAAAUCAGUAGUUUGUGGCACUGGAGUUUGAGGGCCAGUGUGUGUCGUAAUGAUACUGUAGAUGAAGUUAUAGAUACAUGAUGUUGCCGCUGCUGUAUAUUGUGCUUUAAAGCUGCCUACAAGACCGCGAUGUGCAUGAGGAUGUUUCUGUCACUGCUGUGACAUUCUGUGUUCUUCAGUAAAGCCUAAAAACAAAAAAUACUCUCUUGGAUAUUGUAACUGUGUGCUUCAUUUGUCUGUGCUGUAAUUUUUGAGACCACAAUAAAAACUAAAUGUCAGUAAACACAA